AGUUGUGCUGAGGUUCACCGAUAAAGGAAUUAUUUUGGACUCAAGAGCUUAGGCUCAAGAAAAGGUUUUGUGAAGCCAACAUUUCUGGGCCAAUCUUUGGACAACAAAACUCGAUGUAAUUCAUCUCAGUAUCAGGGGAAGCCAGCUGUGUACUGACUACGUUUGUAUCUGAGUGCUUCUCUUUGUGUAAAAGUGACAGUAUUUGUGAAGGUUAACUGUGGAAGCUCUCCAGAAUUUGAUGGACUACAGACAGCUACCAUCUCAAUCACAAGACUGAACAAUGACUGAAGUUUCAACUCUUCUCUUUCUGUAUUACCUACCUGAGCACUUUUAAAAUUAAUAUUAAUUGAUCUGUGGUUCAUUUUAAGAAAUCAUGACAGCCGACACCAAAUGUAAGGACCAUAUAGAUCAUAAGGACGUGCUGGACUUUGAGGCGACCUACUCGGUCAAAAUCGGUCUGACAAUAUUGUACAGCCUUAUUCUUGUAGCUGGAAUAAUUGGAAAUAGUUUAACUAUAAAAGUUGUCUGUAUUCUUCAAAAUAAAGGGUACCUUCUGAAGAGCGUAACGGAUCAUAUGAUCAGCCUUUCCUGUUCAGAUCUACUGGUUCUUAUACUGGGAAUGCCUGUGGAACUGUACAGUGUGAUAUGGGACCCAUUCUCCUCAUCUGGAAAUAUACACUGCAAAGUCUAUAACUUCCUCUUUGAAGCCUGCAGCUAUGCCACAAUCCUGCAUGUGGCUACCCUGAGCUUUGAACGUUACAUUGCGAUCUGCCACCCGUUCAAAUACAAGUCCUUCUCUGGCUCUAGAACAGUGAAGCUUAUGUGUUUCGUCUGGUUGACUUCGUUUUGUACAGCUUUGCCCCUCCUUUUUGCAAUGGGGGCAGAAGAUCCAAUGGAGCCGUUUAAACGGUACAGCCAUACUUUUCCUUCCUGCAACCGGGGGGCAUCAAACAAGACCAUUUGCACCAACCUCACCUCCAAAUAUACUGUGUUCCAGCUGAGUGUGUACAGCGCUUUCAUCAUGUACAUCCUGAUUCUGGCCUCAGUUACUUUUAUGUGCAAAAUGAUGUCGAAGACCAUGAUUAGAAUGUCGUCUGGAACCGUGAGUAGUAAAGCAAACCAGGGCAAGCAUGAAAUCCUUCCCAAACACGAGAGUGCAGAGAAGAAAUCAGCAAGGAAACAAACCAUUGUAUUUUUAGUGCUGAUUGUGAUAACCUUGGCUGUUUGCUGGAUGCCGCUCCAAAUCCGCCGUAUAAUGGCAGCAUCAAAACCAAAGGACAAGUGGACAAAGUCAUAUUUCAGAGCUUACAUAAUCCUCAUGCCCAUCUCAGAUACAUUCUUUUAUCUUAGCUCAGUCAUCAAUCCAUUGCUGUACAAUCUGUCCUCUAAGCAGUUCAGGUCAGUUUUCAUGCAGGUAUUGCGCUGUAAGGUGUCUCUAGAGCAUGUCAACAUGAGGACCCUGAGGAAGCAUACUGAUAGCUCUCAGAGCAGUACUGCUCGCUCUACACGCCAACUGCUUCACGCUUCACGUAAAUACACCCGGCCACCCAAGAGGCUCACAAGUCUCACCAAAAGAGACACAGAUUCCGAUCAAUGUCAGAAGGUCAGUCCAACUGAACCAGACUCUGAGCUGACACAAUUAAAUCCAGUAUCCAUGAACUGCUCAUGGAAAAUUGACUCAGACCUGACAUUACAACACAUCGCCAUUGAACCAAAUCGACUGCAACCGAACGCAAAUGGACUUAGUGAAACCGCGAUAUGAAACUUUGGUUAAAAAAAAUUAUCCAACAAAAACAUAGAGAAUGUUUUUAAAGUGUUAUCAGUGAUAUAACAUUGAUAUAAAGGUUUUAAUAAAACAAUGGUGCACUCU